CUAGACUUCAAGCGGCCUAGUUUGUCUAUGCUUUAGUUAUAUUUUCGGUGUGGUGGUCGAUUUAUCAAUAUUUUUCCUACAAUUUGUUUUCGCAAUAUAGGCGGGAACCUGUUGUUUUCAAUAAAACUCAGUAACAAUGAGCGUGGAAGAGGAUAUUAUGAAAAUACAAAAGAAAUUGACUAAGAUGAUAUCGGCGGAUGGCACGGGUCAAGAAGAAGCAUUAGAUCUGCUGAAAACCCUUCUGACAAUGGCUAUCAACUUGGAUGUAUUGACGAAAACAAGAAUAGGCAUGACAGUGAACAAUCUUCGUAAAUCUAGCAAGGAUGAAGAGGUAAUAUCUUUAUGCAAAACUCUGAUUAAAAACUGGAAAAAGUUCUUGUCAACGCCAGGAACACCUGGAAAAGACAAUGGCAGCUCUUCUAAAUCUAAAAAGGAUGGUAAGGAUAAAGAUAAGAAAGACGACAAGGAAAAAGAUAAGAAGCUGCCAGCUUCAUUCCCUCCAUCAAACACUACUGAUGCUGUGAGGCUCAAGUGUAGGGAACUUCUUACACAAGCCCUCAAAGUUGAUGGUGAGAACCCAAACGCAUGCGGCAGCCCCGAGGAACUUGCUGAAGAAUUAGAGGAAUGCAUUUAUGGAGAGUUUAAGAAUACUGAUAUGAGAUACAAGAACAGAGUACGCUCAAGAGUGGCCAACUUGAAAGACCCAAAAAAUCCAACACUGCGUACAAACUUCCUCAAUGGCUGCAUUUCAGCAUCUCGACUUGCAAAGAUGACCCCGGAGGAAAUGGCGAGUGAUGAAAUGAAGAAACUUAGAGAGAAGUUCAUCAAGGAGGCUAUUGAUGAUGCUCAGCUGGCCACAGUACAAGGUACUAAGACUGAGAUGCUCAAGUGUGGUAAAUGCAAAAAGAAGAAUUGCACAUACAACCAGUUGCAGACCAGAAGUUCUGAUGAACCGAUGACCACAUUUGUGCUCUGUAAUGAGUGCGGCAAUCGCUGGAAAUUCUGUUAAGACUGCUUUUAACCAUCCCCAGGUGACUAGUGUACCCUACACAAUAUGAUACUGUAUUGUAUCAGUAUAAUAUUACAUUUUAUUAUGAAUUAUGGUUUCUGUUUUUGCUAUUCUAACACCUUACUACUGUCAUUGACUAUGGAAUCAUGUUUAGUAGAUAAGGUGAUCUUAGUUUAAAACUUAAAUAAAUGAAUCUGCUUUAAGUGAA